UGCCCUUUGGAUAGGUAUUUAGUUCACACAGAACUGCUGGAUCCAAGUUCGUCGUUAUGUGAGCGAACUUUAAACAAAAGUCAGGGUCAAUGAUAUACUUGUUUUGUUUACGUCGGGCGUAUGUGCACACAGCACGGUACAUGCAUUAUCAUUCUUCGCGUUCGUCAGAGAGAACGAACGAAAGACUCUUCAGUAGUUCUAUUCUUCUUCCAUAGCAGUUUGGUUCAAGAUGGAUAGUGUCAAAAUAUGCAUAGUGUUAUUCUUAACACUGACAAGUAUUGCCCGUGGUACAACCGUGCAGAUCGUUAAAAGGCCAAAUGUAUUACUACUGGUAUUAGAUGACUUUCGACCGGCAAUAAAGGCAUUCGGCGAUACUAAAGCGAUAACACCUAACAUUGAUCGGCUUGUAAAAAAUGGGUACUAUUUUACAAACGCGUUUGCACAGCAAUCGAUCUGUGCUCCAAGCAGGAAUUCAUUUCUCACAGGGCGUAGACCUGAUACCACGAAGCUGUAUGACUUCUACAGCUACUGGAGAGAGGCAGCUGGAAAUUUUACGACUCUUCCUCAAUACUUCAAACACAACGGAUACCGUACGCAAUCGAUUGGAAAGAUAUUCCAUCCAGGAAUAUCGUCAAAUUUCACAGAUGAUUAUCCUUUGAGUUGGAGUAAUCCGCCCUAUCAUCCCUCUACAGCAGACUAUAUGAACAAGGCAACGUGUAUCGACAAGAUCACCGGCAAGAUGACAAACAAUUUGCUCUGUCCGGUCGUAGUACAAUUGCAACCCGAAGGAACACUUCCAGAUAUUCAAAGUACUGCUGCAGCGAAGGAUUUUUUGAAAUCUCACCGUAAUUCCAGUGAACCAUUUUUCCUGGCUGUUGGUUAUUACAAACCACAUAUUCCUUUCAAAAUACCAGCAGAGUAUCUGGAAUUCCAUAAAACUACAGAUUUCAAAACGUUAGAUCUCAACUACCCACCGCACGGUUUGCCGGCAGUAGCAUGGAGCUCCUACCUAGAUAUAAGGAUCAGAGACGAUAUGAUGGCACUGAAUAUAAGCUACCCAUUUGGUCCAAUCCCAGAUGCAGUAAAACUUAAAAUACGUCAGCACUAUUACGCUGCCGUGAGCUACAUUGAUGAUUUGAUAGGACAGUUGUUAAAAGAUGUUAACUACGAAGACACCAUUAUCGUCUUAACUUCAGACCAUGGAUGGUCGCUGGGUGAACAUGCCGAGUGGUCGAAAUUUAGUAAUUACGAUGUCGCUUUGAAAGUACCUUUAAUCGUUUACAGCCCACAAGUGAAACCUAGGUCAGAGAACAAAAUUGAUAAGGUAGUUGAAUUACUGGAUCUAUUUCCAACUCUGGUAGACCUCGCUGGGUUACCACCGAUAGAAACUUGUGGCAGCAAGGUAAAUGCGGAAACUUGCGUUGAAGGUAAAUCUUUGCAACCGUUCAUUUUGGGUGAAACGUGUGACAGUCAACCUGACGAAGCCUUCAGUCAGUAUCCAAGACCAGGAACGUUCCCAUCCGUCCAUCCUGACAGCGAUAAGCCAAAACUCUACCAAAUAAAAAUCAUGGGAUACAGCUUACGGACUAAGCAGUUUAGAUAUACGGCUUGGAUAGGAUUUGACCCGAAUACAUUUACAAGAGAUUGGACGAAAAUCUACGGCGAAGAAUUGUAUGAUCAUACUAUCGAUCUCCAGGAGAAUAUGAAUCUGGUUGAUCGACCGCAGUUGGCUCAAAUAACCAAGUGGUUGAGACUACGUUUACAAGAGAAGUUUGGCUAAGUGAUGUGAAAGUUGCAUCAGAUUAGUCCAUACAACUGAUCACUUUAAAUAAUACAAUUUUCUUUUCUUCUCUACGCUAGGA